UCAAUAAGGCUUCGGUUCAUGAGCGGCCCUGCAUACAGAUGAUCGACAGUGUGGAGCAGCCACGAAUAGCCACAGUGGCGGUGCAGACAAGACGACACCACAUGCAGACCCCCGUCCCAGACCAGUGGCAAAUGCUAGACUUCGCAAGUAACAAUCAAGGCCUUCCUGGUCAUGCCUUGAUCCAAGGCCGCAUGUACGCAAGUAUUGCCGCUGUUGACCACUGGCAUUACCCGUUUGUCAGAGUGGAAAAGCCGAAGAGCAAUGAGCGUCUGUAGCAUUCGGCGGGUCUAUGCUUCUGUCUGCAUUUUCCCAUGCUUUGUGUUGCGCUCCGUCAUUACCCUUAAGAUGCGAUAUCGAUUGCAAAUGCAGUCCAGAAUCGAAUUUGUGGGUAGGACGGUCCAGGUGUAGUCUGUCGUGGUUAGCGUACAAGUGAAGCCGGG